UGAGGUCCACAUUGACGAGCGAGUACUUAAGUAAAAUGGCUGCAGGACUUUUCUCAUUUACAGACAACCUUGUUAAGGAUAUGUGUUUUGCAAGCCAAAGUAGAGAAACUUGAUGACAUUAAGGAAUAAACAACAAACAGCUUGGAAUUAUCCAAAGGUCUCCUGAAGGUAUCGGGCAAUGUUCCCUCCUAUUGGUAUAAAGAUUUCUAACACAGCUCUGUGGGUCAUUCUGUCCAUUCUCUUUGUACAGUUACAUUAUACAAAGGAGUUCUCAUGGCCCCAAGCCAGGGGGCAACAAGUAAAUUUUAACAUCACCCACUCCGGUAGACAAUCCAUGGCCAGAAGUAUUAAUCUGAAGCCAGAGAUAUGGAAAGAUCAAAUAAAACGUCGGAUCUGUGAAAUAAUUCGAUGCAACGGUCGGACUCUACAGAGGAAAAACGAUACUUCCAACAAUAUCAUCUUCACUCCAUUGAAGCCCCCUUCAUUUGACAAAAAAGAUGUUGAAAUUGUCAAACCUCCCGUGGUAAAACCAAAACCGGUAUUUUCAAGUCCAUCAGACACAACUAAAGACCCGAAGUGUAUGAAAUUUAAUGUUCCAAAUGAAUACUUUGAGAAAGACGUGGAUGUACUUGGAGCAGAUAUUUACAUUUAUUUCAAAGUAAAAUCAAAAUCAAAACGGCGGAAAAGAACAAGACGAGUUGUACUGAAAGUUUUUACACUACAAGCUGGGACAAAACGGAAGCAAAAUGUUGCAAAACUAAAAGUUCGACCAAAUGACACUGCAUGGUAUAAGGUCUCACUACCACUCUCUGUUACAAAAAACGCCGAGAGUGAGCAGAAUAAAACUCUUUCUAUGUGUAUAGACUGUAAACGAUGCAAUAGUCGAACAAAGAUAACAUUUCCUCUCAAAAUACACCCUUCUCGACGAAAACCGAAGAAGACCAGGAAAAAUAGAGGCAAGAAAAAAAGAAAACGAAGACGCCACACAAACAAGAAAAGGAAAAAGAAAACAAAGAAAUUACAGGUUCAUAGACCAUUUCUUAUUUACAGAUUUAGACAUAAUCAUCGAUCAAAAAGACAUACUGAAAAUUGUUUACCAGAGAAUAAUACUCAAAUAUGUUGUCGACACGAGGAGUUUGUGUCAUUUUCGGACUUGGGGUUUGAACAAGACAUUUUGUUCCCUUCUGGGGUGUCAUACUCCUCUUGUAUGGGAAGCUGUGAUGGUAAUACUCAUCCCCAGAAUCACAGCAGUACAUGUGAAAUCAUUGACUCUCAAGAAACAAACACAUUUAUUGUUUUACGUGACCGCAUAGGGAUUCUUACACUAAAGAACGGAAAUGUAUUGAAUUGUGGAUGUGUACACAGUAUAUAGAAUUAUAUAUUCUAUGUUUUUAGUUUACUUUUGAUGUUAUGGAUUUUGUGCCUUUUUAUAUUAAUGUGCUUUUGAAUUUCCUGUCAUCAUAUUGUAAAAUAUGCAUAAUAAAAGA